AUGAGUACCAGAGCUGCCCCCUCGAGAUCAUAUGAUAUGAUCAUGAAGUUGUUGUUGGUUGGAGACUCCGGCGUAGGAAAGUCGUGUUUGUUGUUACGUUUUGUUGAAGACAAAUUCAACCCCUCGUUCAUCACCACGAUUGGGAUCGACUUCAAGAUUAGAACCAUCGAAAGCAAAGGCAAGAAGAUCAAGUUGCAAGUGUGGGACACUGCUGGCCAAGAGCGUUUCAGAACCAUCACCACCGCCUACUACCGUGGAGCCAUGGGUAUUGUCUUGAUUUACGACGUGACCGACUCCAGAUCGUUCGAGAACGUGGACAACUGGUUCCAGACCGUGACACAACACGCCAAUGAAGAUGCACAGAUCUUCUUGGUAGGCAACAAAUGUGACGACGAGUCUAACAGACAAGUCUCCAAAGAGCAGGGCCAGGAAUUGGCUCUGAAAUUGAACAUUCCUUUCUUGGAAGCCUCGGCAAAGAGCAACGAAAACGUUGACUCUAUCUUCUACGAAUUGGCCGGCAUCAUCCAAGAUAAACAUGUAGAUGAACAGACUACUUCUGGUUCUGCAGGAGGCAUUGAUGUCUCGCUGAGCUCUAAGAGCGGUAUCAAGAACAACUGUUGUUGAUCGACUGAAUAAACUAAUUUGAACAAAAUUGAACUAAAAAGAGAAUUGAAAAUGAAAUUGAAUACUGAAAAUUGAAUAUUAGAUGAAUAAUUCAAGUCAACUAUACUGAUUACUUGAAAAACUUGAAUUUUGAUGUUGAAUAAUAAAUGAACUAUUGAUCAACUGAAAAUGAAUAUGAAUUCAAAUUG